ACCUCCGCACAAAGUUCUGUCCACUGCACUUAGGUCAGAAGGCUUCACCUGCUGCAGCAAAGGGGCCUCACUGUGUGGGCAUCGCUGCCUCUGCAACAUGGACUCACAGCACUGCAAAAUGAAUGGCGACCCUUUCCAGGAAUCUAUGUACAUCGAGGAGUCCCAAAAUAAAAAUGGUGUGAUUUCUUUGAUUUUCUCUCUGAAAGAAGAAGUUGGGGCGUUGGCUAAAGUCCUACGCACAUUUGAGGAAAAAGGUAUAAACCUGACCCAUAUUGAGUCCCGACCUUCCCGUCUCAACAAAGAUGAGUACGAGUUCUUCAUUAACUUAGAAGGCAAGAAUGUCCCAGCACUGGAUAAGAUCAUCAAAUCCUUGAGAAGUGAUAUUGGAGCAACAGUCCAUGAGCUUUCACGAACAAAGAAGAAGGACACUGUGCCAUGGUUCCCAAGAAGUAUCCAGGAGCUGGACAGGUUCGCCAAUCAGAUCCUAAGCUACGGAGCAGAAUUGGAUGCUGAUCAUCCUGGGUUCAAAGAUCCUGUGUACCGGGCCCGGAGGAAGGAGUUUGCAGAUAUUGCCUACAGCUACAGACAUGGCCAACCUAUUCCUCGUAUCGCCUAUACGGAAGAAGAAAAGAAAACAUGGGGCACCGUCUUCAGGGAGCUGAAGACUCUCUAUCCAACUCAUGCUUGUUAUGAACACAACCAUGUGUUCCCACUGCUGGAGAAGUACUGUGGCUACCGGGAGGACAAUAUUCCACAGCUUGAAGAUGUUUCAAACUUCUUGCAGAGCUGCACUGGAUUUCGCCUGCGUCCUGUUGCAGGCUUGCUGUCCUCUCGGGAUUUCUUGGCUGGGCUGGCAUUUCGAGUAUUCCACUCUACACAGUACAUUCGCCAUGGGUCCAAACCCAUGUACACACCAGAGCCUGAUAUUUGUCACGAGCUGCUAGGACAUGUGCCUCUUUUCGCUGACCCCAGUUUUGCUCAGUUUUCCCAGGAAAUUGGACUGGCAUCUCUGGGAGCUCCAGAUGAUUUCAUCGAGAAACUUGCUACGGUUUAUUGGUUUACAGUGGAGUUUGGACUCUGUAAGGAAGGUGAUUCACUGAAGGCAUAUGGCGCAGGGCUGCUGUCUUCAUUCGGGGAGCUUCAGUAUUGCUUAUCAAGUAAGCCUGACAUACAGCCCCUAGUGCUAGAGAAGACUUCUGUGCAGAAGUACCCUGUUACUGAGUACCAGCCUAUCUACUAUGUGGCUGAAAGUUUUAAAGAUGCAAAAGAAAAGCUAAGGAAAUUUGCUCAAACGAUCCCUCGUCCUUUCUCUGUUCGGUAUAAUCCCUACACCCAGAGGAUUGAAGUCUUGGACAACGCAAAGCAGCUGAAGAACUUAGCUGACACUAUCAAUAGUGAGAUUGGAAUCCUUUGCAAUGCCCUCCAGAAGAUAAAAUGAAGAUUUGCUGUAACUUCCUAAUUACUGGCUACUGGCCAGAAGCUGCCAUGUGCAAAUGUCAGUCUUCAUCUAACCUCAGUCUGUUAUAUUCCAGUGUACUGCAUAAAUGAUUAUGUUAUAUAUCUUAAUUAUCAUAGAUUAGCAGAGAAGUAGACAUCUGCAGGUGGACCUUGACUCUUCUGUCCUUUAGACGUUAAUCCAUUUUUUCUCACUAAUGCAUAAAAAUUACCUUAUUUCUGGGAAUCUGGGGAAAGCCUCCAUAUGUCUUGUUCCAAAGGUUAGUAGAAGAUCUUCACCAUGCAGAUCUAUAGUUUUCUGCUCCUGUGAGUUUGCAUUACCAUUCUGGGACCAGGGACAGGAUGUCAGUGAUGAACAGACUAAUCCUCCUUGCUUUCUCUCACAGUCACUCUCCCCUCAGUCCCUCAUAUUUGUCCAAGUUUCCCAUAGAGUCUCAAACUCUCUAUACGUUUCAGGGCAUAUACAUGUGCUGCUUGACCCUCUGUACUUUUACUUCCACACACAAACAUCUCUAUCCUGAAUUAUUUUACCAAUCUCGAAAGAUCUGUGCAAGUCAAGAACAUUGCAUGCUGUGAUGUGUCAUUGGUCUGCAGAGUGGAAUCCUUAUGGAAACCACCGACCUGCUUAUCCAGAACAUGGAGUCUGUGCCUCGAUACAGUAUCCACAACAAAAGCCCCUUCAAAGGGGAGUUACCUAAAGGCAACUUUAGGUAAGUCUUUGUGGCUUUUUGCAGUUGGAUGUGAGGUCAGUUCAUCAUUACUCUGCACAAGGAAGAAACCAUGUAGAUGUUUCAACAGGGCUUUAUUACUAGUCCAGUCUCAGAGCUGUGCUGGCUGUAAUGUUGUGUAACGUCAUGAACUCAGAGCUGAUUUGGGAACAGUAAUUUUAUGGAAUGGAGAGAUCUCUCUUAAUAGACAUGCUCAGCUACUCACUGUGGAAGGCUGACAUGAGAAGGCUCCCUUUCGCCAUGUGUGUCCUUCUCUGAAAGUGCCUUAUUCAGUAUGAGGUGUCUCCUAACUUUCUGGACUCACAGUCUAGAAGGUGGAUAUCAGCACACUGGAAAUAGAGAGGAAGUGGUUCUUUGGUUAGAAUCUGUACCAAAGCCAUGGAAAACCUGGAUUACUUGUUUCCUAGGCUGACUGCAUUCAAACCCAAAUGUUAUUUUUCAAGACAGGUCCUAAGUCAUGAUACCUUUUUGAAUCUUCAUCUCCUAUUUGAGCUUUAAUCUCCCUUUUGUUGGUGAAAACAGUUUUAUUUUUCCUGGAGUACAUCUCAGCUGAGUUAGCAAAUGGAACCAAAGGUGGUUUCAGCCUAACCCAAUGGCUGGCAUGGAGAGAUAGCUUUGCUGUUCAGGAAGCUAUUUCUGCAUUUAUCCAGUAACUUUCACUCAAAUCAGCUAAAUGACUUCUUGAAGCAGUCUACAUUGUGUAGUGCCUCCUUGUAGCUCCCUAUUUGGAGGAGGGAGAUCGGCACUUGUACUUUGGAACAGAAUGGAGCAAAGCAAAACUGAACAGUAUUUUUAGCUUGAAACAAUUUUACAUCGUAAUACUAACAAAAAUCAGGGGUCACAUUUCUGUUAGAAGAUUCAAGGAUGGAGAGGGAUUUGAAAGUCGAUGAGUCUCAUAUCUUCUGUUGUACUAGUUUUGUAUUUGUAGUUUGAAAAUCAGUAGAACUUCAAUGUGAGCAUCAUCCUUUAGGAAGAUAGAAAGUAAAGCUGUUUUCAUUAUAUUUAUGGUGUAUAAUAAUAUCACUCUAAGGAUACCAGCUGGAGCCCUUUUCAAUUGACAUAUACUUAUGCAAAGUAGUAUCAUUUUGGUGCUUUGAAGUAACCUUUUUUAUCUCUGUAUCUUUUUUAUUCCUUUUCUUUUUUUUUUUUUCAUGGCAAUGUCUGUAUAGAUUUUUCAAUCCUGCUUGGCAUGUAUUUUCAGUGUGAAAGUAGCCCACAUUUUUCUCUUUUAAUAUAAUAGGACUCAUAAGGUGAUUGUAUGCCACAAAGAGAAAAUUUCGUCCCAGAGGUAAAGUCUUUCAAACUAAUCCUCAGACAGCUUUCCCAGCUCCUCUGCUUCUGGCUGUUGUUAUGAGUGAUAGCAGCAGCAGAUCUAUAGUGAUAUUGAAAACCAAGGAUUCAU